AUGAAUUACAAUGAUGACAAUCUUGAAGGUAGUGGCAACCAAAUUGAAGUUGAUAUUCAUGCUGAAAUUGAUAUAUUGAAUACUGGAGGUGGUGUUGGAGAUCAACUAGGAUGUAGAGUGGAGCUUGGUGGUGUAAGUGGAAAUGCAAGAAGUAGUAGUGCUGACUACCAAUCACCUCCCAUUGUCACUGAAGAUAAUGAGGAUACCGACACCGAUACCGAGUAUGAAAAAUGGAUGCUUUAUUCUGAUUCAAAGAUUUAA